ACUCCCCAUUCCUACCAAUUUCUCCAUUCCUACCAAUUUCUUCACACAAAACUGCAGAAAAUUCACAAGUUGGGUAAUCGGAAUGGAAGCGAAGAUCGGCAGGUUCUUGGAGUCCGUCACCUCCUUCUUCUGCAGCGGUGAUCAGAUCCCCUGGUGCGAUAGGGAUGUCAUUGCUGUAAAUGUGCGGCGUGGGAUAGCCAUGCUUGAAGCAUCCUUAGCCAAUAGCAGCUCUCCUUUGCAGCAGAAAGAGAAACUCUAUCUUCUUGCUGUUGGAUAUUACAGAUGUGGUGAUUACCCAAGAAGCCGGCAGCUUGUGGGGCAAUGUUUGGAGAUGCAACCUGAUUGGAAGCCGGCUGAUGCCCUUAGGAAGACAGUCGAAGAUCGAAUUGCUAAAGAUGGUGUUAUUGGAAUUGGCAUCACUGCUACUGCGUUAGGACUUAUUGCUGGUGGAAUUGCUGCAGCAUUAGCUCGCAAGAAUUGAUGCCCCAACAAUGUCCAUAUUUAUUUACAUUCUUCAAUAAGGCCUAUGAAAAUUUUGCUGUAGCUGCUUAGAAUGUAAAACAGUUAACCAUUAGGGAUCCACCUCUUUAUCAACAGUUAAAUAAAGUGCAAUCAGCAAGUAAGGUAGACUAUACUUCACUUUCCUAUUUUGAAUAAUUUGGAAAUUAACAU